AUGUGGAGCCGGGAGGCCGCGCAAGCUCUCAAAAGAUGAAGGAAAGCUGGUCUUCCUUAGACAACUUUGAGCCUAACUUCAGGCCUCUGGUAGUAAUUGAGCUUGCAAAAAGCACCAAAGACGAAACUAGAGAAUGGCUCACAAGAAGAAUUUCGGACAAAAAGGCGAAUGGAGGUGCACAGCUACUGGUUAAACCACUAGUCACAGGGGAUGGAGACCAAAAUAUUUACCUCGUGGGAGCUUCGCACUUCCGGCUGCUGCUGGGAGCUGAAACUGUGGGUUUGGUGAAGGAAUGUACUGAUAACUCAAUGAGAACUUUUACAUACAGCAGUCGAAAAACUUUCAAAGGUUUUGCGGAUGAUAAUCAGAGUUUCCUUACAAUGGCAGAAUGUCAGUAUAUCAUCAAACAUGAACUUGAAAAUUUGAGAGCUAAAGACGAAAAAAUCAUCCCUGGCUAUCCUCAGGCAAAGUUAUAUCCAGGGAAAUCAAUUGUGAGAAGAUUAUUGACCAAUGGUAUCCUCAUUCAGAUUUUUCCACUGCAUGACCAAGAAGAGUUGAAGAAGCUUCGGCACACCUGGUAUGGUCGAGUCAAAAUUGGCUAUCAGCCUUUAGAUGAAAUACGCUGCUACUUUGGUGAAACCAUUGCUCUCUAUUUCGGCUUCUUAGAAUACUUCACAUUUGCACUGGUUCCAAUGGCUGUCAUUGGAAUUCCAUAUUACGUGUUUGCAUGGGAGGACUAUGAUAAAUAUGUGAUGUUUGCCACAUUCAAUCUCCUUUGGUCCACUGUAAUCCUGGAAGUUUGGAAGCGGUUGUGUGCAGUGAUGACGUACCGCUGGGGGACCCUGCUGAUGAAGCGCCAGUUUGAAGAACCGAGGCCAGGAUUCCAUGGUGUCCUGGGAGUAAAUCCCGUCACCGGGAGGGAGGAACCAGUGUACUCCAGUAUUAGAAGACAGUUACGAAUUUAUCUGGUAUCCUUGCCAUUUGUGUGCCUUUGCCUCUACUUCUCCCUGUAUGUGAUGAUGAUUUACUUUGACUUGGAGCAGUGGGCUCUGGAUUAUCACAAGGAGAAUGAAUCUAACUUCAGCAGCUUGAUGCUGUUUGUUCCCAGCAUCAUCUAUGCUAUUGUGAUUGAAAUCAUGAACCGCAUCUACCGGUAUGCUGCUGAAUUCCUAACAUCAUGGGAAAAUCACAGGCUGGAGUCUUCAUAUCAGAAUCACUUAAUUCUGAAGGUUUUAGUAUUCAACUUCUUAAAUUGUUUUGCAUCUCUGUUCUACAUUGCUUUUGUCCUGUUUGAUAUGAAGCUUUUGAGACAGAGCUUGGCCACUUUGCUGAUAACUUCACAGAUCCUUAAUCAGUUUGCAGAAGCCUUCCUGCCUUACUGGCUUCAAAAGAGGCAUAAGAAGAGGAUGAAGAAAAAGAUGUAUUCACAGAAAACAGAUACGGACCUUUCAUUAGUUGAGCAAGUCAACUUGGAGAAAGAAAUGGGCACUUACUUUGGUACUUUUGAUGAUUACUUGGAGCUGUUCUUACAGUUUGGCUAUGUGAGUCUGUUCUCAUGCGUUUACCCAUUGGCAGCCGUCUUCGCAGUGCUAAACAACAUCACAGAGAUCUACUCUGAUGCCUUAAAAAUGUGUAGAGUUUACAAGCGUCCGUUUGCAGAACCCACAGCGAAUAUAGGUGUUUGGCAGCUGGCUUUUGAAACUAUGAGUGUCAUAUCAGUGGUUACUAACUGCAUAUUAAUAGGGAUGUCUCCACAAGUGAAUGCCCUUUUCCCAGACUCAAAAAUGGACCUCAUUUUGACUGUGGCAUUUGUAGAGCAUAUGUUACUAGCAAUGAAGUUUGUCAUGGCAUUUGUAAUUCCUGAUAAACCAAGAGAUAUCCAGAUCAAAUUGGCCAGGUUGGAAUUUGAAUCUCUCGAGGCACUCAAACAACAGCUUGCUUAUGUGAUUUGCCCUGAAGGACCUGUGGAAAUGUGUGCUCACCUUCCAGCUUAUAAGAUCACGUAAAUUUGCAACAAAUUAAGUG